AUGGCCUCGAAUCCAUUCGAAACAGCUCAGUUCGGCACCGGAGUUCUCGAUCUCUAUCAUGAAAACGCUGCAGUUGUGCGGACCGCUGUUCCUCUUCCUCAGUUGCCUAGCGGUGGAUGCAACUAUGUAGAUUUGACACCAGGCGCCAAUGGAUCACGAUGCGGCUGUCGGCGUUUCUGGUCUUCCCACCCAGGCAGCCCUCUCGUGGAUCAAGCCGGUUGGUGCAUGUGCAACCAUCAUGCGUGCUACCAUGACGAUCGCCCUCGCAACUCCCAGCCUCAACAACAGCCAGCAGAAAUGAUUCAUAUGCCCGCCACUGCGCAGAUUACUGAGAACCUGCAGGCAAUUCAGACACUGGAUGCCAUGAGCCCCGCUCUGGACCUCAUCUCAGCCAAGGAAGCAACGGCGAUGCUUGGGCCCGAGCUCCUCAGCUUCAAUGGAGCCAGCCCAUUGUCCUUUCUACAGAAACCCAUCGACGAGCAUUAUAAUUCUCUGGGGGCUGUUCCCACACCCCAGCAGGCGUCUAGCUCUAUGCCUGAUACUCUAGCCUGGGCUGAUCCUGCACCGCAUACUCAGCCGGAAUCUCCUACAACACUGCCAUCAAUUCCUCCUCAAAGUCUCAUAUCUCAGGCGACCUCCAGCAACUCUUCUGUACACGCCAAGUAUCUAAGGCCCUUUGCCGGAAAAGGUUUGCAUACUCUGAGCAGCAACAAUCCAUCUAUUGUUCCACAACAGUCAAUUGUACACCCCAGCUUGCCAGAGUCACUCUUCCAGCAGAAGACUGAGAGUAUCGAAGAAUCGUUUGUAUUCCUAACUGCGGAUGAGGAAUCUACCCCAAGACCAGACACUGCUACCACUCAAAUUGAACCUCGUGCGGCGGCGGCCGCCGCCGCCGCCGCCGCAUCAUCCGAGGCCAUACCUACUGAGACAUUAAAGAAUCUCACAGACAUAGUUGGCGCUCACUCACAACGACUUGACAAGCUGGAGACCGUCUCUUUCUCGGACAGCGCUCACGAAGAGUGUAGUGACAGAUAUGAAUCAAUGGACCUUCGUGUUAUUGAGCUGGAGAGCAAAAUGGAAGAUAUUGAGAAACGUGUUAUCGACAAUGACAGCACAAAUCGUCAUCCAGAUGACGCCGCCACUCCAAUCGAGGAUACAUCGGUCACCUCCAGUGCCGCCAGCCGCCCAAAUUACUCGCAGGAAGUUUAUAGCCAGCUCCAGUCACUGCAAGCCCAAGUUGACCAACUUCAAUCAGUCAUUCCUUCUUGGAACCAUGCCUGGGAAGUAGAAGUUGUCUUUAUACCCUUUCCGCUCGGAAGGCUAUGGCAGCCUAUUCACCAAUUCAAGGCUGACCCAAAUAUUGAUAAUGAGGAUGACUGGACUCAGCUCCCCAUGACACUUAGCACAUCCAGAUCCCGCGCUCAAUCUCCAUUCUUAGAAGACUGGCCUGCGCAUAACCGUGAGAUAGAGUGGCUCCUGCCUAGGGCGUGCAGCGAUAAGGGCGUCGCAGACUGGCGUCUGAGGAGUCGUGGCCUAGUCAAGAAGAUUGUGGUAAAAGAUUCGGAUGCAAGAAGCGUUAACGUUGCGAUGCUCGCGGCUUUUGGGAAUGUGUUCCGCGACAUGCAGAUGUAUGCCAGACCGCAAAGCCCUCUAUCCAAGGCCUCUAAGUAUAUGGGACUUCGAUCGCCAUGGGUUCCUCUCCGCAAAAUUCAUAAAGACUCACGCCUGCGAUUCUUGGGUCCAGAGGAAAUGCUAACUCCAGCAUUGUGGGACGUCCAGUUCCUAAACUCAGUCAUGAUGAGGUCAUCAGAACCUAGAUUGUUCGUUACUCAUCCUGACGCCUACCUUCAAACCCAUGAAGCGUACGAGUCGUCUUGGACUUGGACAAGAUUACAGGAGAUGCCACCGGCCUAUGAUGUUACAGAAUCGCAGGAGGCACCCGAGGUAGAUCGACUUGAAGAAUGCUGGGCAUGGAAUGAGCAGCUUGACGGACCACUGGCUACGCAGGUCCCUAGCAAAAUUCCCCGUCAAGAAAGACACCGGGUCUCCAUAUCGCCAUCUGUUGAGAUUUUCCCUACCAGUCGUCUUUGGCCGGAACCCACUUCGGCUACUGUCCAUCGCCAAUCAGUAAUAACUAGGAGCAAAGAGUCAGUCCCGCCUUUCCCUAGGACUCCUUCAGCGCCUAUCACUGCCAUAACGCAUCAUACCGCGUCUGGAGCAAUUUCCAAACGGCGACUCUCAUCUCGUGGCCAGAGCCGACGGUCUUCACCGACUAUCCAGAGCCUACCUCAAGCAGGCGUCACAAAGAAACGCCAGACGCGAGAGUCGUCUGGCUACGCACGACACACCCCAAGACCAACCAAGUCACCCUCUCCUGCCCCCUCUGUUUAUCGUGAUCGCCAGCGCAGCCGAAGCGUAACUCCUGGCUGGGGCAUAACACCAGGUCGGGGCACAACCCCCGGUGACUAUGCUACACCACAUAGCAAUGCUCCCCUUCAGGAACUUCGGAUGGAGCGAGAAACCAGCUUUUUCCGCGAACAGUCAGUGGCCAUGGAUGACGCUGACGAUUAUGAAAGUGAGGACAUUGAUAGCUCCAGUUAUAUGGAUGAGGACGACGAAUCAUAUAGCGAUGAGGGACAUGAUGGAGGCGAAGAAAACGGAGAGGAAGGGGAUAUCAGCACCAUAUAUGCACCGCAAGGUUCUCAACUACUUAAAUCAUCCCAAUCUGCUCCUCAGAAUAGCUCACAGCCACAGCAACCUCGUCCUUUGAGCAGAGAUAACCCUUGGCCAGGUGUCGAGGAUCAAGGGUUAAAUAACCAUCCGGAUAUGGAAAAUAUAGCGCCUCAGACAAACAGUCGGCCAGGUGAUGACACUCACCAUUCUGACGGCGAGAAUAUUGAUCCUAACCUCAUGGACGUGGAAGACGAGAGCGAUAACAGCGGACCGUCUGAGUAUCCGAGCACACCGAGAGGGUGGCACAACCAAACAACAAAGGAAUUUGUUAUUCACCGGGAUGACCAGGAUAAAAGAGCUUAA